AUGCUAGUCUUGCAGUACAUCGCCAAUUCGAGCAGACGAUUUCAAACGUUUGUAGCCAACAGGAGAGCAGUCAUACAAGAGCUGUCAAGAACUGACCAGUGGAGACAUGUCGGCACAUCGCUGAACCCAGCAGAUGAUGCAACUAGGGGAUUACCUGUCGUGGACCUGGUUGCAGGAUCUCGGUGGAUACGAGGUCCUGACUUUCUACUCAGUGUUGAAGAACGGUGGCCAAAGGGAAAGGAACUGCCAGCAAUUCUGAACGACUUACUGGAGGUGAAACGAGAAGUACACCAGAGAUCUGUUGUUGCUCUGGCAGUGAGCGAGCAGUCAAAGUGGUCCCUCGCCAAACUAUGGCUCAGGCACUCAUCAUGGUACCGCUUGGUGAAAGGGGUGGCAUGA